AUUCACAAUGGGUUGGUUCGACGACGACUCUGAGCAGGCUCAGGCCUACGAGACGGUCACCCAGCGACCCCACGAAGCCGAGUGGUCUCACGAGCUCAUCGGAGGCGCUGCCGCUUAUGAGGCUGCCAAGGCCUACGAGAACCACGUUGCCGAGAACGGCCACCCCGACGAGCACGCCAAGGCCAAGGAGAUCCUCGCCGGUGUCAUUGGCGCCUUCGUCGACCGUGAAGUUGAGACCAAGGGCCUUGACUUCAUCGACCGUGAGAAGGCCAAGCGCCAUGCACAGGAGCAGGCCGAGGCUCAGCUCAACAACCAGUACGGAGACCGAUGGUAAAUACAGUCAGAUAGAAUAAAAUAAAAAA